UCUUCUGGUAUAACGACAUCCACUUGUGCAGAAGGGAAGUUUGGUUGACAGAGCUGCCUUUACUCUAUUACAGUAUACGUGACUCUAAUGUUGCAGCUCCCCCCCACCCGUGUUACUCUUUGCUCUCGUGUUGCGGGCCUUGGACGGAGUGUGGCAGGGACAAACCGCGUGUGCAUGUUAAAGUGAACUGCGUACGGUGAAAAGGCAACUAAAAAACGUGAGAAAAAGUGACAGAAGUGAUGGCAUAUUCCUCGAGGAGUGACAAUCUCUAGUGUGUGUGUGUGUGUAUGUGUGUGUUUAGGGCCGAGGUCUGGCAAGGAAAUUCGCAAUGUCUACUCCCUCAGCGCGUACAGUCUAUCUCAACCGCCGUCCACCACCACCAUCCACUCCUCCCUCCUGUGACUUGACGGACGCUCCUGUUCUCAUCCUGCCUCACUACCCCUCCAACCUGAUCACCACAGCCAAGUACACGCUUGUCAACUUCCUGCCCAAGAAUCUUUUUGAACAAUUCCGACGGCUGGCCAACUUCUACUUUCUGUGUUUGGCCAUUAUUCAUAGCACCAUCGACAGCCCUGUUUCCCCGCUGACGAGCAUCCUGCCGCUCAUAUUUGUGGUGAGCGUGACGGCGGUGAAGCAGGGAUACGAGGACUGGCUAAGGCACCGCGAGGACAACAAGGUCAACAACGCCCCUGCCACGGUGCUGAGGGACGGCAGGUUUACGGGAGUGAGAUGGCACCAGAUUAGCGUUGGGGACGUGGUGAAGGUGAGCGACGGAGAGGAGUUCCCGUGUGACCUGCUGCUGCUGGCCUCCUCUGACCCAGAGGCCAAGUGUGACGUCAUCACUGCCAACCUGGAUGGGGAAACUAACCUGAAGGUGUUCGUCUGUCCCUCUGAAACACGCGAACUGAAAACCGAGGAUCACCUUUGGAGUUUACAUGCGACUGUGCAAUGCCAGCUGCCACACGCCAACCUCUACGACUUCAAGGGCAGUCUAGAGAUGUACCAGGGCAGCAGCCAGGCCACGAUGACACCGCUGGCCACCGAGAACCUGCUGCUGCGGGGCGCCAGGCUCACCAACACGGCCUGGGUGUACGGUCUCGCCAUCUACACGGGACGGGAUACUAAAAUGGCAUUGAACUCUAAGCUGAAGAACAACAAAAUCUCCAUAAUUGACAAGUCGAUGAACUACUUCCUGGUGUUCUUCCUGGUGCUCAUGGUGGCUGAGAUUGUGACGUGCACUGCGCUCAAAUAUUCCGUCUUCAGCCAGGAGCAUCAACACCAUGUGGUACCUGGACUACCCGAAGGAGGUCCCGUCACAGCCCGAGGCGUGUACCAGGACAGUGUUUCCUUCCUCGUCAUCUUCAGCUACAUCAUCCCUGUCUCCCUCUACGUCACCCUCGAGAUGCAGAAGUUCCUCGCUACUCUCUUCCUUCAAUGGGACGAGGAGGUGACUGGCGCGGGGGAGGACGAGGCGCCCAAAGUCAACACUUCUGACCUUAACGAGGAGCUGGGUCAGGUGGAGUUCCUAUUCUCAGACAAGACCGGAACGUUGACGGAGAACAUCAUGAGUUUCCGGCGGUGUUCUGUGGGCGGCAGGAGCUACAUGGACGCCGACGGGAGGCUGCACGCGGCCAGCGCUACCGACGGAUGCGCUGCUGGGGAGGCCCUCACACGCUUACCGGAGGAAGUGGUGACAUUCCUGGAGACACUUGCAUUGUGCCACACUGUGCGGGUCGUUUUUCCAUCCGCUGAAGAAAAGCAGAGCGAAGCCAAGGCGGGAAAAUGGCCAGAGCAGCAGAAUGUGAACCCUGAAUACCACGCCUCCAGCACUGAUGAGAAGGCGCUGGUCGAGGCGUGCGCCAGGUAUGGCGUUGUCUUCUUGGGGCAGCGAGAGGACCAGGUGGCAGUGGAGGUGUGUGGCAAAGUCAGGAGGUACACUCGACUGCAGAUCCUCGAAUUCGACUCAGACCGCAAGUGCAUGUCGGUGGUGGUGCGCGAGGAGUGGUCGGGACGGCUGUGGCUGCUAACCAAAGGUGCCGAGAGCAGCGUGUUGAGGCGCUGCCGCGUGCAGACCGACAGGGAGCAGCGACACCACGACGCCACGGCGGCCCACAUCGACGACUACGCCCUGCUGGGUCUCCGCACACUGGCGGUAGGUCGCCGGGAAAUCAACGACCAGCAGUACCAAUUGUUUGCUACGCAGCUGUUCCAGGCACGGAUGAUGAUGGAAGGGCGCGAGGAGGCGGUGAGGAAAGUGAAGAGUCAGAUGGAAGCGGAGCUGACCUUGCUGGGAGCCACUGGGGUAGAGGAUCUGCUUCAGGAGGGCGUCCAGGAAACCCUUGAGUCCCUGCGGGUGGCAGGCAUCAAGGUGUGGGUGCUGACUGGCGACAAGGUGGAGACAGCGGUCAACAUCGCCUACUCGUGCGGUCACUUCAAGAAGUUCAUGACGGUGCUAUCCCUGACUGGCCUGCAGGACGCGGAACACGCCGCCGCCAGGCUGCAGCAGUGCACGCAGGAGGCUCGCGGCGAGAGCUCCUAUGGGCUGGUGGUGGACGGGACAUCGUUGCUCAUCCUUCUCCGUGUCAUGGCAAAGGAUUUUUACGAGCUGUGCCGCGUGUGUCAGGCCGUGGUGUGCUGCAGGAUGUCCCCGCACCAGAAGGCGGAGACGGUGAAGCUGGUCAAGAACUCGAAAGACUCUCCGCGCUGCGCUGCUGUGGGCGACGGAGCUAAUGACGUGUCCAUGAUCCAAGAAGCUCACUUAGGAAUAGGUGUGAUGGGGAGGGAGGGGCGGCAGGCGGUGCGGUGUUCAGACGUCGGCCUCGCCAAGUUCAAGUUCCUGCAGAAAGUUCUCUUCGUGCACGGCCACUGGAACUACGUCAGGAUGGCCAACUUCGUCAACUCCUCCUUCUACAAGAACAUUGCCUUUAACACUCCCAUGGUGUUCUACUCGGCGUGGAGUGCUUACUCAACACAAAGCGUCUACGAAGGUUUCAUCCUGACGAUGUUCAACAUUACUUGCACGACGCUUCCCACGCUGGUUUAUGGACUUUUUGAACAGGACAUUCCGGCGGACUUUCUCCUCUCGCGGCCGCACCUCUACCAGCGCCUCACACGCAACGCUCUGCUCGCGUGGACGGUGUUCCUGAAGUGGAAUCUGUUCGGGCUGUGGCACGCGGUGGUCAUGUACUUCGGGCUGAUGCUGGCCUGCCAAGACGACACCUGCGGCCUUCCCGAUGGACAGACCCCUGACCUGUACUUGUUUGGGAUGGCGCUGGGGACACUGUGCACCUUCGUCGUGAACUUCAAGAUCUUCCUCGAGGCCAACCACUGGAACUUGAUGCUCGUCCUGGCCAUGCUUGUCACCGCCCUGGGUUAUGCUCUCUUCUAUGUCAUCUACUCAGGACUCCCCGUCAUGCCAUUUGUGACCUACGGGAUCUACUUUGUGUACUACCGUCUGUACGAGAGUCCCGCCCUCAACCUGACGUGCCUCCUGCUGGGUGUGACCUGCCUCCUGCCUGACUUGCUCGAGAAGACCUACAGAUACUCCACCGAUCGCGAGAUGAGGCUGAUGACGCAGAAGAGAAAGAGAAAAAGGAAGGACAAGAAGAGAGUGGGGAGUUUCAGAAGCACCGAAGGACACGAUAAUGAGGUGUUCGGGUCCCUGGCGUGCGAGGCUCCUGUAGAAAGAGGAAGGUUCGAAGCCAGCCAGCGAAACAGUACCACGAGCAGGAUCACUGUCACGGAACUUUAGUAGCUUCACGGCACUCCGUCUUCGUUUCCUUCGGGAACUUCAGUCAGGGUAGAAAUAAAUAAUAUACUGGAGGUUAUUGACUUUAAGGAACAUUAGUUGGUGAAUUGGUGUGUGUGAAUUGUGAGCGAAACUGUGAUUACGUAGCACCAGUAAAGAUAUGUCACAUCUCGUCUGUGUGUGUGUGUGUUAGAGACUUUUCUCUCCCCACAAUGCCUUUCUCUUUCUCCGUUCCUGAGGGAGGGGGAGGUGGUGUGUUGGUGUGUUGUCAUGCAGUGCUGCAGUGCUGGCUGGGACGGGACUGUAUUUGUACUGUACCUCGGAAGUAAAAUUAAACAAAGUAACAUUUCUCACUUUCCUGACACUCUCCUUCCUUGGCGGCAAUUCUCAGCGGAAAUGUAUUCGUUCAUGGCGUGGCGGUGGGAACACUUUUUUUUUUUUGUUUCAUUGUUUGAAAUGAUUCUUCGACAAGCCACAUGCAGCUGACGAGUCACGACCUUAAAACUGCUGAGAUGAGGGAAGGCAUAACUAGGUAUUCCAGCCACGACCACAGCGGGUCAUCUGAACAUCAUUACAAUCUCGUAUAAAUAGGGUAUAAAUAAUGUUUAUAUUCCGACACGUCUUUGCACUCUGUAAAACGCCUUUAGCGGUCACAGCCUUGGACUAGACUCCGCUCCGCCUGAGAUGCUGGUAUCAGAUCACAACACUCUCCUGAGACCAUAUGCUGCUCUCCUCCAUGAUCGUGUCCAAAUUGUUAGUCUCGCCAUAUUCUAUUGUUAUAUUUUCCAGUUUCCGUAAAUUCUCAACGGUGAGCUGCUGCAUGACGGGACUGUCGACUACAGGGCCGCUGGGAGCGACGGCUGACGUUGAGUUGUGGCGGGGGUCCGGCGCGUUGCUCACCUGCGUCACCUCCCACGCGCUCCUUCCGUCAUCGUACACAAAGGCGUCGUUGUAGAUUCCGACGUAUGCUUUGACUGACACGGCUCGUUGCUUCUAGUGGAAAGAAAAUUUUGAAAUGUAUCAUGUUACGCUUCCUUUCAGUACAGUUACGUAUUGUCUGUAACGUUUCUAUAUGAACAUGAGACUGAUGUGACUGUAACAGCUACAGCCCGAAUUAAAACAAUGUUGGAAUUACACACAAUACAAUAGUAAC